AUGUCUUGGGCAGGGUUUAAGAAAAAUGUCAACCGUGCGACGACGCAGGUAAUGAUGAAGACCGGUCAUGUUGAACGAACAAAUGACCGAGACUACGAGAUCGAGGAACGACGAUACCGGGUGAUGGAGACUGCUGCAAACCGACUGGCAAAGGAGGCCAAGGGAUACUUGGACUCGUUGCGAGCCAUGACUGCAUCCCAAAUGCGCAUUGCUGAAACCAUUGACGCCUUUUAUGGUGAUGCCGGCACCCAGGAUGGUGUCAGCCGAAGCUAUAAGCAAGCUGUGGAGGACCUAGAUACAGAAACUAUCAAGGCUCUAGAUGGCCCAUACCGAGCCACUGUCCUCGAUCCUAUCAAUCGCUUCUGUGCCUACUUUCCCGAUGUGAACGAGUGUAUCAAAAAACGCAACCACAAACUCCUCGAUUAUGACGCUAUGCGUGCCAAGGUCAAGAAGCUUGUCGAGAAGCCUGACAAGGACGUCACAAAGCUGCCUCGCACAGAACGGGAAGCUGAAAUUGCCAAACAGGCCUACGAGACUCUAAACGAUCAGCUUUUCACCGAGUUGCCCCAACUUAUUGACCUACGUGUUCCCUAUCUUGAUCCUAGCUUCGAGGCUCUUGUCAAGAUCCAGCUGCGUUUCUGUGCGGAGGCAUACUCACGUAUGGCUCAAGUACAGCAAUACCUUGAUGCUGAGACAAGAGACCAGUAUGCUCGGGGUGACUUGGAUAACCGGGUUGAGGAAGUGCUACAGGAGAUCCGUGACCUAAGUAUUGCUGGUACUGUUUGA